AUGAAUGUACAAAGUGCAACAAAGUACAAACCCUACGAAAACCCAGACGAAACAAACCUCUGCCAGGAAGAAACUAACGAAGGUGAAGAAGAAAACUCCGAAGAGACCAAGUCAAAAUUCUGGAUCUUGACUGCCCUCGCAGCAGGAGUUUUCUUCGGGCUGUCCAAUAUUUUUGUAGGCAAGGCUUCCCAUUUUGGGAUUUAUAGUAGAGAGGUGGUGUCAGUAGGCGCACUGGCGUUUAGUGCAGGAUAUGCGAUCAUGCAAGCGUUGUAUGGGCUUGUUUGAAGAAAUCGGAGUAUUAGGGUUGAAGAUAAGUCACCUGGGGUGUAUGAAGUAGGAACAGGGAAGAUUAACUGGAUCUAUUGCCUUUGAAUCAUGAUAGAUGGAGUACUCACAUUCUUUACAGGUGUUUUAAUUAUUCUUUCAUUCAGACUUGCUCUUUAUGGUAAUAUCAAUCAAGGCUUAAUUGCAGCAUUGUUCUCUUUGACCUCUGUAUAUCUCGCAGUUUAUUCAUGGAAAUUCUAUGACCAAGAUCUUAAUAGUUUCCACUUCCUUGGAAUGCUAUUGAUGGUAACUUGAGCUUUGCUGAUCUCAUUCUCCAAGAAGGCCACCCAAGGAGCUGUUGUCGAAGUUUACGGUGAAAUAAUUCCUGAAAUCUCUCCGGUUUGGGGUGUCCUUGUUGGCAUUAUCACAACUUUGCUGUUUUUCUGCAGAACUAUCCUCAUCAAAGAGUAUCACAGGAGGUUCAAAGUCGACCCAAUGAAGCUGACAAUGCACUCGUACAUAUUCCAAGGUAUAAUCAUGGUAUUCGUGGUGUUUAGCCAGGAACUAGCCUCAGGAAGCGUGAUGAGAGACAAUAUCUUAGGAGGAGGCUUUGGUUUUUUAGGAAAUGCCCUUGCCAAUCAUGCAACAACGAAGGGAUAUGUAGGACCAGCUGCAGCUCUGACUAAUAUCCAGGUAGUCCUUCAAGUAUUGGUCAACGCUUUUGCUCUCAGACAAGUACCGAAUGCAAUGCAGAUCGUUGCCUGAGUUUGUGGAAUCUGUGGGUCAUUAUCAAUCACCAUUGGUCUCUCAGUAUGGAAGAAAUUAUUCAAAUAGGAUCGUCAUUGGUUCAAUAAUCUA